AUGCCUUGUUUCUUCUAUAGUUUCUUCCCUAGUUUCUACUUUCUUCUUUAGUUUUCUUCUUCUCCGGCUCUUCCUUGCGCGCCUCCACCAGCUUCCUCCUUCUUCUCUUCCAUCAUUCCCAUCACGCGUCAACACGCGAGCGAUGGAUUCCCUCUCCACUGUCUCCCCUUCCAUGGUGCUCCCUCCACCAAAUCCUUUCAACCGCCACACGCGCCACCUUGCACUCUUCUCACGCGCCCCUCUCCCUCCCAGUCUUCUCUCUUCCUCGACGUCUUUCUCCAAACUCUUCAGCAUCAGCUUCAUCAGAAGAAGAACAAGAAGGACCACGAGAGGCUUAAACGACGUCUCGUGCAGCGCUGGCGGUGCCGACGACGUUAAGGGAAGCAAAAACGACGGUGGAUACGAUGAAGAGGAGGAGGUUGAGAGGGCGCUUCAUAUGGACGGGACCAUCCCUGGAACCUCCGACGAGUUCGUCAAGCGUGUCUCGUCUCGCGCUUACGACAUGCGCAGGCAUCUCCAACAAUCCUAUUAGAUUCCAACCCUUGGAGAGAAACUUCAAAGCCUGUUUAUGUACUAACGCAAAAGGAAAAUCAAUUGUGGACAAUGAAAACCCGAAGAAAUAGAAGUGAGGUUGAGAGAGAGCUUGGCUUAUUAUUUUCCAAAGGAGGCAACUGGAGAUCUGGACUUGGGAAUCAGUCCAAACAAGCAAGGGGAGGGACAAAGUUUCAAAUGCUUGUGGAAGAUAUUAGAGAGGGAGUGCUGGUAUUUGAAGAUGAAAAUGAAGCAGUAAAGUACUGUGACUUGCUACAAGGAGGUGGUCAAGGUUGUGAGGGUGUUGCUGAGAUAGAAGCCUCAUCGAUAUUUGAUCUUUGCCAGAAAAUGAGGGCUCUUGCAGUUUUAUUCCGCAGAGGGAGGACACCUCCACUACCCGAAAGCCUUCAGCUCAAUCUGCGAGCUCGGAAACGGUCACUUGAAGACCAGGAUGACUCGAUAUGAAAAUUAAAGUUCCCUUUUGUGAUAAAUGGCAUUGGCAGGGAAGCAUACAUUAUGCUAAGUAAGAUGUAUAAAAUUAUUAAAGCCACGAAAAAAAAUGUACAAAAUUAUUAUUAGAGCUUAGUAAAACUGUAAAAGAAAUUGAUUUCUUGAUUAUAAUUGAAAAGAAUAUAUAUAGCAUGUACGGUUAUGUUACACGUA